AUGGGAAAUACCAAUACUGCAGAAUCGACACAAAACGGUCCGAAUGGAUCUACACCAUUGACGAAUUCUCGUAGAAUAGACACAAAAAUUGAUGAAGGAAAUGAAAAGUAUUUUGGAUUGGAGAAUUUCGGAAAUACAUGUUAUGCUAAUAGUGUUCUGCAGGCAUUGUAUUUUUGCAAACCAUUUAGAAAUCACAUCUUGAAUUACUAUAAAACAAUACCACAAAAUUCGGAACCUAAUUUACUAGUAUCAUUGGCUGAUCUGUUUUAUCAGUUAAAUAAUCAAAAGAAAAAGACUGGAUAUUUGGGACCAAAAGCAUUCAUACAAAGAUUGAGACUGGAUAAUGAAAUGUUUAAAUCUCUAAUGCAACAAGAUGCACAAGAAUUUCUCAAUUAUUUACUAAAUCACUUUGUGGAAAUUUUACAACAUGAACUGAAAAAUCAAGAAUCACAAACAAAUGAUAAUGAGGAUCUAAAAAAACUGAAAACAUUUAUUCAUGACAUAUUUGAAGGAACUUUGAUAAAUGAAACGAGAUGUAUCAUGUGUGAGAAUGUAACUAGUAGGGAAGAAUCGUUUCUAGAUCUCAGUGUAGAUGUUCAACAAUAUUCCUCAAUUACUCAAUGUUUAAAAAACUUUAGUGGAAUGCAAAUUUUAAAAUCCAAUAACAAAUUUUACUGUGAUCGUUGCUGUUCACACCAGGAAGCCCAAACAAGUAUGAAAAUCAAAAGACAACCCCAAGUACUUGCAAUCCAAUUGAAGAGAUUCAAAUAUAUGAAUAAUAACUUUAAAAAGUUAUCAUAUCGAGUAACCUUCCCAUUCGAUUUUAAAUUGCCAAACCUGUCGCAAGAUGAGAAAGUGAAAACUUACAAAUUAUUUGCAGCAGUUGUUCACAUUGGCUCAGGACCAAAUUGUGGCCAUUACAAGUGUAUAAUUAGAUCUGAAGAGAGGUGGUUCCUUUUUGAUGAUGAUAAAGUGUCCAAUGUGGAUGAAGAUUAUGUAAAAUCCACAUUUGGCUUCCCUCACGAUGAGGCAUCCUCAUUUUCUGGUAUUUCAGAAACAUGCUACAUUUUAUUCUAUUCCAGUAUUGGUGAUGAAUAA